UGGGAGUGUUAUAGUUUGGUCUAACUAUAUAAAGCUUGGCAUUUGCUUUUUGGGUUUUACCCUAAAGGAAGGAAGAGAGAAAAAAAACAAAGAAAUUGGUGGAUUUAAUAAGAGGGAACAGCCACAAACAAAAGAGGCUGAAACAAGAAUCAUCAUCUUCUUCAUCAUCCUCCUCCAUGAGAACUCGAACAGGUCUAUCUUAUCCUCCACUUCAACCUACAGCCUUUGCUUCCGGCAACCGGAAAAGAAAACACCAUGUUGCAGCCGACCGACCCUUUUGCCGCAAAAGAAACAAGCUCUCUUACCACAUCAAAACACCCACCUCCGAUUUGUUCGAUUCUUUGCCGGACGACCUCGUCAUUACUAUUCUCUCUAAUCUCAGCUCCGCCGCUUCUUCCCCCUCCGAUUUCAUCAAUAUCUUACUAACAUGCAAGAGAUUAAACAAUUUAGGACUUAAUCCCAUGGUUCUAUCAAGAGCUUCUCAGAAGACUUUCGCAAUUAGGGCAAAGAAUUGGACGGAAUCCGCUCACCGGUUCCUGAAACAGUGCUCAGAUGCCGGAAAUGUCGAGGCCUGUUAUACACUUGGCAUGAUUCGUUUCUACUGUUUGCAAAAUCGUGGUAGCGGAGCUUCGUUAAUGGCGAAGGCGGCGAUUUGUUCGCACGCGCCGGCUCUUUACUCACUCGCCGUCAUUCAGUUCAAUGGUAGCGGCGGAUCCAAGAACGACAAGGACCUCCGCGCCGGAGUCGCACUUUGCGCACGUGCAGCGUUUCUCGGCCACAUCGACGCCCUUAGAGAGCUUGGCCAUUGCCUUCAAGACGGUUACGGAGUUCGCCAAAACAUAACGGAAGGUCGUCGGUUUCUCGUUCAGGCCAACGCGCGUGAACUCGCCGCCGUGCUUUCCUCCGAGGCGGCUUCCUCCGUUGCCGCAUCGCGCUCGUGCCUCACGUGGAACACUCAACCUCCUCACCACCGGCACGUCACCGGCUCGGGAUGUCCCUUGUUAAGUGAUUUCGGUUGCAAUAUUCCGGCACCGGAGGCUCAUCCGGCAAGUCAGUUUUUAGCCGAAUGGUUCGAGGCACGUGGGGGGUCGCCCGGGAAUGGGCUGAGGCUAUGUUCGCACGUGGGGUGUGGACGUCCAGAAACGAGACGACAUGAGUUCCGUCGGUGUUCCGUUUGUGGUGCUGUUAAUUACUGCUCACGUGCGUGUCAGGCGCUUGAUUGGAAACUCCGCCAUAAAAUCGAUUGUGCUCCGGUGGAACGUUGGCUUGAUGAUAACGGUGACGGUAUGGACGAUGUGGCCGAUGAUAUCAUGGACGAAAGUUAAAAUGAGAAAUUUUUAAAACGUUAGUUGACGGUGACGAGUGCUGUUUAUAAACGUUGGCGGCUUCUCGUAAUUUUAGUCGAAGAGACGUAAAAGUAAAGGGAGAGAAUAAAAAAAGAAAGAAGAAAAGAAAAAAAAGAACGGCCAAUUUUCCUUUUAAGAUAUUAAAUUUAUCUUAUAACGAUGGCAAUGGAAUCGGCGCGGCGGGGCUGUUAAUGGCCUUUUUUGUGUACAGGGUGGCGGUGCGUUUUUAUUUAUUUUUUCAAUGUGGAGAAACCGGUGGGUUAAUUUUUGUACUAUAGAGGAAUCAGUAUUUUACCACCAACUCCCUCUUGUUUUCGUUCAUUUUAAUUUUUAAAUUAACCAUUCCUAUUUUUUAUUUCUUUUA